UUUCGUGCAAAAACUGACACAAAGCCAGGCCUCCGCUGUCAGCGAAGGUGGGGGCGUCCAGGCCCCGCCCCCACCGCUGCGGCUGCCAAUCAGCUCCCGGGACGGCCCCCUCCCUGCCCCAAUCUGCACCACAGACCACCUCCGCCUACGGGGUCCUGCCAACGCCACCACCAAUUUCCAAAUCCCCGAGCCGUCCGGCCCUUCUCCUUGUCUCGUCUCCCCUGAGGAAUCCCUUCCCCCUCGGAAGGAGCCCGGUGUGGAAACUGCUGGACUACCGACGGCCAUCCAGCCAUGGCGACCCCCUCGGCUGCCUUUGAGGCCCUUAUGAACGGAGUGACCAGCUGGGACCUCCCUGAAGAUGCCGUCCCGUGCGAACUGCUUCUUAUUGGAGAGGCCACCUUCCCAGUGAUGGUGAAUGACAUGGGCCAGGUCCUCAUUGCGGCGUCCUCCUACGGCCGAGGCCGCCUGGUGGUGGCGGCCCACGAGGACUACUUGGUGGAGGCCCAGCUCACUCCCUUCCUCCUCAAUGCAGUGGGGUGGCUCUGUUCUUCCCCUGGGGCCCCCGUAGGUGUGCACCCCUCCCUGGCACCUCUGGCCAAAAUCCUCGAGGGCUCCGGGGUGGAGGCGAAGCUGGAGGCGGAAGUGGAAGACUCCAUGGGGGUUUACUGCAUUGACGCCUACAAUGAAACCAUGACCGAAAAGCUGGUCAAGUUUAUGAAACGUGGAGGAGGCUUGCUCAUUGGAGGCCAGGCCUGGGAUUGGGCCAACCAGGGCGACGAUGAAAGGGUCCUGUUCACGUUCCCUGGGAACCUCGUGACCAGCGUGGCGGGCGUGUACUUCACUGACAACAAAGGAGACACGAGCUUCUUUAAAGUGUCCAAGAAGAUGCCCAAGAUCCCAGUCUUAGUGAGCUGUGAAGACGAUCUCUCCGAGGACAGAGAGGAGCUGCUGCACGGGAUUUCGGAGCUGGACAUCAGCAACUCGGAUUGUUUCCCGUCCCAGCUGCUCGUGCACGGGGCCUUAGCCUUUCCCCUGGGGCUAGAUACCUACCACGGCUGUGUGAUCGCGGCCGCCCGCUAUGGCCGGGGCCGGGUGGUGGUGAUGGGCCACAAGGCCUUAUUCACCGUGAGCAAGCUGGGCCCCUUUCUGCUCAAUGCCGUGCGCUGGCUGGACGCCGGCCGCCGAGGCAAGAUCGUGGUGCAGACGGAGCUGAGGACAAUGAGCGGCCUGCUCGCGGUGGGGGGCAUAGAUGCCAGCGUGGAGCCCCAUCUGACCAGUGACGCCAGCGUCUACUGCUUCGAGCCCAUGAAUGACGUGGGCGUCAAGGAGCUGCAGGAGUUCGUAGCCGAGGGCGGGGGACUGUUCGUGGCCGCCCAAGCCUGGUGGUGGGCCUUCAAGAACCCCGGAGUGUCCCCUCUGGCUCGGUUCCCGGGAAACCUCCUGCUCAACCCCUUCGGCAUCAGCAUCACAAGCCAAAGCCUCAACCCGGGGCCCUUCCGGACCCCGAAGGCCGGAAUAAGGACCUACCACUUCCGCUCCACCCUGGCCGAGUUCCAGGUUAUAAUGGGCAGGAAGAGGGGGAACGUGGAAAAGGGGUGGCUGGCCAAGCUGGGGCCGGACGGCGCCGCCUUCCUGCAGAUCCCUGCGGAGGAGGUCCCUGCCUACAUGUCCGUGCAUCGGCUCCUGCGGAAGCUGCUGAGUCGGUACCGGCUCCCGGUGGCCACCCGAGAGAACCCAGUCAUCAAUGACUGCUGCAGGGGUGCCAUGCUGUCCCUGGCCACGGGGCUGGCCCACUCUGGAAGUGACCUCUCUCUGUUGGUCCCAGAAAUCGAAGACAUGUACAGCAGCCCCUAUCUGCGCCCCUCGGAAUCUCCUAUCACCGUUGAGGUCAACUGCAACAAUCCAGGCACCCGGUAUUGCUGGAUGAGCACCGGGCUCUACAUACCUUCCCGGCAAAUUAUAGAGGUCUCGCUGCCUGAAGCUGCUGCCUCCGCAGACCUGAAGGUGCAGAUUGGCUGCCACACUGACGACCUGACCAGGGCCAGCAAGCUGUUCCGAGGCCCCCUGGUGAUCAACCGGUGCUGCCUGGAUAAGCCCACGAAGUCCAUCACCUGCCUCUGGGGCGGCCUCCUCUACAUCAUCGUGCCCCAGAGCAGCAAGCUGGGCUCCGUGCCCAUCACGGUGAAGGGGGCUGUGCACGCUCCGUGCUACAAGUUGGGGGAGACAACCCACGCGGAGUGGAAGAGGCGUGUCCAGGAGAAUCCGGGCCCCUGGGGAGAGCUGGCUACAGACAACAUCAUCCUGACGGUGCCCACCGCCAACCUGCGCACCCUGGACAAUCCCGAGCCACUGCUCCGCCUCUGGGACGAGGUGAUGCAAGCCGUGGCCCGGCUGGGGGCCGAGCCCUUCCCCUUGCGGCUGCCGCAAAGGAUCGUUGCUGACGUGCAGAUCUCAGUAGGCUGGAUGCACGCAGGGUACCCCAUCAUGUGCCACCUGGAGUCGGUGCAGGAGCUCAUCAACGAGAAACUCAUCCGAACCAAGGGGCUGUGGGGCCCCAUCCACGAGCUGGGCCGCAACCAGCAGCGGCAGGAGUGGGAGUUCCCGCCGCACACCUCCGAGGCCACCUGCAACCUGUGGUGUGUGUACGUGCACGAGACGGUCUUGGGCAUUCCUCGAAGCCGUGCCAACAUCGCCCUGUGGCCCCCCGUUCGGGAGAAGAGAGUCAGAAUCUACCUGAGCAAGGGUCCCAAUGUGAAGAACUGGAAUGCGUGGACAGCACUGGAAACAUACUUACAGCUACAGGAAGCCUUUGGUUGGGAGCCGUUCAUCCGUCUCUUCGCCGAGUACCGGAACCAGACCAACUUGCCCACAGACAACGUUGACAAGAUGAAUCUGUGGGUGAAGAUGUUCUCCCACCAAGUGCAGAAGAAUCUGGCUCCCUUCUUCGAGGCCUGGGCCUGGCCGAUCCAGAAGGAAGUGGCUACCAGCCUGGCCUAUCUGCCCGAGUGGAAGGAAAAUAUUAUGAAAUUGUACCUCCUCACACAGAUGCCCCACUGAAACUGAAGUCAAGAAAUGCAAAAGAAACAGCUCAGCAAAGAAAACUGAAGGCAUUUGGUUAUGAGUGAAGAAGACCUCGACACAUUUCUGGAAGAGAGAAAGUGGGUGAAGCAUGAAAAAGAGUGAAAGAGUGAAGGUACCUUUCAGACAGAGUGUAAGCUGAUCUGCACAACCUAACCUAGAGAGACUUAGGCAUCUGAAAAAUCUAUCUGCUAAAGAAUUAUACCAGUUGUAGAAGUGAACCCCAUCCCGCUGUACCCCAUCCCUUGUGCAUAGGAUACAGGCAGUCAGUUAUUGGUUCCAGUGAAAAAUCUGUUGUUGCUGUUGUUGUUAUUGUUGUCGUGGUUUCUAUAAAGGAAUUGAAUAAACUGCCCGGGGAGAGGGAGGAGUUGGUGCUCCAGGAUGAAAUUUCUCUUUUUGUGGAAAUAAGUGGCCCCCUAGCCUAUCAGCCAAUUCUCUGAUGGUUGAAGUAACCCCUACUCAAGUACCAAAGUGUUUGCAAUCAUAGGAGAGACUUACUGGAAAAACACACCAAACCAUACAGUGGCAGAGGAAACCUAUACCGACUCCUAUAAAAAUCAACAGUUAAUAUUGAUGCUCAAAUGCAGAUUGCCAGCUAGGAAUUCCCAGACAUUGAGCACUGGGGGUAUGGGGAGGACCCGGGGAGAAGCCUGUAAGAAAAAGAAUUAGAAUUACCAAUUAGAAUUAGGAGAUUGGAAAACUACAAUAAAUUCUGGAGAAAACUUAGUUGAAAUGAAGAAAGGAACUUUAAAAUCUAGCUGUAUCUUCAGAGAGAGCUGAAGUAUAUUUGUAAGAUGAAAAUAGGAUAUUACAAAGAAAAGAAAAACUCUGAGAACAAGGAGAGCCCUUUAAAAGUAAAGUAAGAUUGUCAAAAAUACCCCAUAGGUAGUCUAGAAAUAAGUUGAGGGUAUCUCCCUAGAUAUAGAGCAAAAAUGAAGUGCAGACAAUAUGAAGAAAGGAAAGAGACCUAGACAAUCAGUAUCUAACUGUCAGGAAUUUCUGGAAGAGAAAACAGAAAAAAUAUAGGUGAAGGAAAAAAAUGAUGGAAAACCAGAAAGAACUAAGUCUCCAGAUCCAGGGGGCCCCCAAAAAAACCUACAUUGAGACAGAGUCUUGUGUAAUUUUGGAAUUAAGGAUAGAAGGAAGAUAUUAAAAGUACCCAGAGAGAAAAUAAAAUUGGGUCAUUGUAAUUAGCUCAGCUGAAAAGGGAUGAGAAAUAGACUGGCAGCAGAUUUUUCACUAGCAACACUGAAAGCUAGAAGCCAAUGGAGCAAUGUCUUCACAUAGCUUAUUAAAAAAGUUAUCCCCAGAACAACAAGCCAAACUAUCCAGUCAAGUCAAAGCAAAGAUAUUUUCUGACAUGCAAGUUUUCAGAAAGCCUAGCUUCUUUGCACCCUCACUGAGGAAGUUCCCCAGCAAAAUGAGAAUGAGAACCAGGAAAGACGAAGAAAUAGAAUCCAGAAAACGAUGUACCUCACCCUGGAUAUGUCACUCCAGAGUGACACUUAUCCAACAGGAUGUCUCACUCUAGAGUGACAGUCACCCAGCAGACUGACCCAGUUCAGCUGUGAGUACAUAGUCUCAGGCACGCUGGGAGGGGUACACAUUCUUUGCCACAGAUAGUACCAUUGAGAAGCUGGAAGGCUUGAGAAUAUGGACAAGGUACACUAUUUAGUCAACAGAAAAGAAAACAACACAAAAAUAUGUCAAAAAAUGUAAGUCCAUGCAUGAAAAGACAACACAAAUACUCAUGGAAUGUAAGAAGAGACUCGACUGGAUGUUGGCGGUAGGUAUAUUUCCUUUCAAGUGCCCCCGGCUUGAUAUUGGGUGUGUAUGGAAGAAAAUAUUCUAGUUUCUACUUGGCCCUCAGUACACAGUAUUUGCAUAGCCAAAGUAAUGUGGAUGCUAUUUAUUGGCACUUAGUGUUCUGAUCAGCCUAUAGACAAACCAUGAAAGGUUUAAUUUUUUUAUUCAGAAGUUAAAGUAAUUAAUCCUGACAAGUUAAGGAAAAAGAGAGCAGAAAGAGGUUGAGAACCAGCUGUGGGCAGAGAAACAGAAGGAAGAGUAGGGCUACUUGUGCAUUUAAAGUGGGGAUGAAGAAGGAAGUCUGCAGUUAAUGGAAUAAGAGCUGGAGGAUGGGUAUGCUGUUCAAAGCUAAAAGUCAAACCAACAGAAGUAUUAAAAAUGACAUCUCUCAAACUUUCGGGAAGGAU